AUUCUAUCCAUUCAAGUUAGGUGGCUAUCAGUUUUUCACUCUUUCUCUCCCACUCAUUGAAUUUUUAAUCUGCAUAUACUCCCCAUAACUGGAACAAAGAGCCCGUUCUGGGUUUCCACUUUCCGGUCAUGGCUUCCACCCAAUGCGUCGUCGUUUUAUUCCUAAUCACAUUCACAUCCACCGCUUUUUCCCGUUCAAUCCUCGAAACCUCCCCAAAAACCCACCACUCCUUCACCUCUAAUCCUAUCUUCAUUCGCCGGAAAAUUCCAAAGGACGGCAACGCUUUCUACUGCGAAAGCUGGAGACUCUCCGUCGAGACUGAUAACGCCGGAUCUUGGACUCAGAUUCCGGCCAGUUGUUUGGAUUUCGUGGAGGAGUACGCGACCGGCGACCAUUAUUCGUCGGAUCUGGAGGUUUUCGCCGAGAAUGCGUUGGAGUUUGCAAAAGAGGUUAACGUCUCCUCCAUCCACGGCAAGGACGCUUGGGUCUUUGACAUUGACGAGACGUUGCUGUCUAAUGUUGGGUAUUAUGAGUUCUAUGGUUUCGGAUAUUAUGAUGUUGACGCUCUCAAUGAGUGGGUGGAGUCGGCUGUGGACCCUGCUUUACCUGCAAGCUUGGAGUUGUACAAGGAGCUCCAAAAUAUGGGAUUUAAGUUAAUCUUAUUAACUGGCCGCAGUGAAUCUCUUAGGAAUGCUACAGAGAAAAAUCUGUUACAAGCAGGAUACAGCAAUUGGGAAACGCUUAUCUUGAGGGGACCUUCUGAUACGGAUAAAACAGCCACUGUAUUCAAAUCCGAGAAGAGAAGAGAGUUGGAACAUCAUGGUUUCAAGAUUCAUGGAAACUGUGGAGAUCAAUGGAGCGACUUACGGGGCUUUGCAGUAGCCACACGAUCCUUCAAACUCCCAAAUCCAAUGUAUUAUGCUCCCUAGUGAUCAAGGUGGAAGUUCGGAAAUUGUCAUGUUUAUGUAAUUUAGUGUUUUAUUUGAUGCUAAAUAAGCCACAAUUCUACUAGUUUUGGUGGCAAACUGAUGUCUUGGACUUUUGUGUGGUUUAAUGUUCAUGUAUUAAGAAAAAAUAAAUUAAGAAUGUACGAGAUUCGAUAGGUCUACUUGAAUUAAGGAACUGCUUGGAAGAGCCAUGUUAGCUUCUUGAGAAUGGGAUACACCCUUCACCAAUAACAGAGAUGGUCUCCCCCCCUCCCUCAAUAGAGAGAGAUUUUUUUUUUUUUUAAG